GUGUCAGCCAUCGCUCACAACAAUCCCAAAACCUCAUGCCGCACCACCACGGUGAGACGCAUGGUGGUAGCUACUUGCAAGCACUUACUCGGGUGAAACCUGAACCAGAUGUCAGAGCAGGUCUCUCCGAAGCAGCUCCGAACGAGUCUCUGAACCCACACCUUAUUCCUCCUUAUCACAUGUGAUGCCGCGACCGAAGGUACACCCUGAGAAUCGACUACGGGCCUAUGAGGCUUGCCUAGCAUGUCGGGCGACCAAGAAGCGAUGCAGUGGCACAUUUCCAUGUGCAAAGUGCAUCCGGCUUGGUCGCGCCGAUACCUGUGUUCCGGCUCGUCGUGCCAGUGCUCGGCGGCCAAAUGGGAACAAUCAUAACGCAAAUCCUUCGGGCUCGAUCUCUGCCAAUCGAAACUCUACUUCUCUGAACCUAGCAUCUUCCGAAAGUCAAAUCAAUAGCCUCCCACCUUCUCCGUCCUCCGGGCCAGCUGUGUCUACUCUAGGACCAGGGCCUCUGUCUCCGGAAACGCCGCACAGGACCCACCCUCGCAUGCUGCGUAACCUUCGGGGUGAACGAGUGUAUAUCGGAAAGGCUGCGUCCUUGUCUUUCCUGCAACUCGUUCGCGAUACCGUUACGCAAUGCAUUGGACCAUCGCAGUUCUCCCACAAUAUGAAAAGCGAAGACAUGCUAGAGACCGAGUCACCAGAUGAUGUUCCCCUUGAGCUGGACGAUGAGUUUGACGUACGUCAACAGCAAUACUAUGUUCAAGCCUACAGUGCAGCAACGAGCGGCUUCAUGCAUGUUCUGUCAGAAGAGGAAGUGAUGCAGCUCCUGGAAGCACCAAUUGGCUCAAACGCUGAUACUAAUGGCAAUCGAGGUCAAACAAAAUCAGCUCUGCUGAAUAUCGUUAUCGCUAUUGGAGCGCAAGCGUCGAAGCAUCAUCCGUUAGCAGAGAGGGCUGGAAAGUUCUUCUUCGCUUGUGCUCAGCGCAGCGCAUUUGCAGGGAUGCUCGAGAAUCCAAGUCUGGAUCUAGUGCGUCUUUUUCUUCUGAUGUCAUACUACAUGCUCGGCGCGUGUCGCAGAAACGCCGCAUUCAUGUACCUCGGGGUAGCUGUUCGCGCAGCAGUGGCACUAGGACUACAGCUUACCGACCUCGGGGAGGCCGUCUCAACCAAGGAACAAGAUAUCAGAGCACGGGUAUGGAUGAGUCUCUGCGUACUGGAUCUACUAGUGAGUUCUAUUCUCGGCAGAGCAGCUGCGACAACCUCGUUACGUUCGGACUCAGAAGACACGUCUUUCUCAUCGUCACACACCGAUAGCCAGGCAGAAAGGAGCCUGGUGGCUUCUUUCAAGUUGUCAAAGAUCUUGGAUGAUAUCAUCACUGGGCUUUACGGAAAACAGGCAGCCUCGGUCGAGGCGGCCGAUGCCCUCUUAACGAAGCUGAAGGACUGGAGUGAUGAGCUACCCGAGUCAUUACUGGCACCCCCCGAUACCGACUAUGAACAGCCUGCGGCUCACCAGCAUAUUAUUGGGAACUUACAUGUUGCGUGCACUUAUCACUUCGCUGUUAUCAUAGUGACACGUCCCUUCUUGAUAUCAGCUCUGGGUUUUCGGCUUGCACAGUUGAAUCUCAGUCCCAUGGGCGACGAGAAUGAGGAACACAAUGAGGAAUUGGCAUAUUCCAAACUUGCAACGGCAUGCGUCGAUUCAGCAGUGUAUAUGAUCCAGACAUGCUCAGAGGUCUUCCAAUCUCGUCUCUUGCUGGGAAACAUGUGCAUCCUCAAGGCUUUUAUCUUUGCAGCUGGACUGGUGCUGGGUUUCUCCAUGUUCUCCCAGAAAGAAGCAGACGCUUUGCAGGAGGAAACUUACGAUGACGCUCUCGACAUCCUGCGCAUGCUUUCUGAGCGAUCUGCUCAGGCUGCUCACUACCUUGAGAUUCUCAGUCUGCUCAAGAACGCCGUCUAUGAUCAGCGUCAACGACUCGCGCAAAAUUCCCAACAAACUAGAAGUCGAUACGUUAGCAAGCUUUUCAGUCUCAGUGGUCGCCGCCUUUCAACACAAACCCAAACUGAGACCGUCGCCUCUGUCAGCGAGGAGGUCUCCGAUCCUUCGCAACUCGGGCUAUAUGAGCCGUGGCCAAGUGUGGAUGAUUAUUCUGCCGUGGAUCCUGCCGAGUACAGUGCUGCGCUCACGGGAUGGGGUGGGAUGGAAUUGCCACUGUGGGAUAGUUUCCCGUUCAAUGGACCAGCUAUGUGAUGGCAGGAAGAGGUCUAGAUGCGAGGGACAGACGUACGACAAACUGCUGCUGGCGGAGUAACAAUUUUGUAUGAAUUUUGUAGCUGUAGG